AAUGAGCAUUUGAGAUGCAGCAAACCCCAGGGUAGAUGAGCACUGGUGGAUCCCAGCAGCAACACGCUGACUGCUGAUUCCUGCAUGGCUGAGGAUGCAUCAGAGGAUCUCGCCUCCCCCAGUCAAUCAGUUUCCUCCUUAGUGGCCUCUUCUUUUUUCUUUCAGCACUUUAACAGCAAAACUGAACUCCUCUCCUAUUUGAUCUUGUGUGUUGCCAAAAUGCCAUUCAUUCCAUCUGCUGUGUCCAUUUCACGCUCUGUGUCAGGACUGACCGGGAAGGAGAGACCUAUCCACAACACUUCAUCUACAACUACUUUGACCAAGGUCCCAAAAGAAGACAAAGCCAGUAGCUCAGUGAAGGAGCGACUGGCUUCGAACCUCAAGCAGCUGGGGAAGAAGAGCCAACCCAGGAGUCAUCUGCCAACUGCCAAAGGAGUGUCAGGGACAGAGCUGCUUGCAAAGAGAAGGGAGAGAUUGCUGCCUUCAUCACAAACAGUCAGCUUCUUAGCAUCCAACACGGGUGCGUCCCUGUCUAAGACGCAGCAGAACAAACAUGUGAGCCAGAGCUCUGUGAAGACUGAGCCAGAGAUGAAGACGAGGGCCAGGCAUCACAAGGAGGGCCGUUUCACACUGACUCUCACACCUGAGGCUGUCCUGCUGCUGCAGCGGAGGAACAAUGAGAGAAAUCGACAUUCAGCGUCCAGAAAUGCCGGAAGUGGAGGAGGCCUUUCUGGAAGCGCCUCAGAUUCCAGAAGCAGGAGGGAAAACGUCUCUAAAAGGCAUCAACCAGCAACACAGAGACACAGCACUCCAAACAGCAGAGUCACUGCUAAAACAAACAGUGAUGCUGAACUGGGAGACAUAAGCUCAAUUGUGAAAAUCUCACUUCUGAAUGAGCAACAUAAGUAUGAUGAUGUGGAGUAUGAGGAAGAGGACCAUGGUGUGGAUGAGUGCGUGGUGCUGAAAUGUACAGAGUGGCUCCGUGGGUUGGAAAACACACCGGUAACAGUGGGACACAGCCUGACUAAGAGUGCAAUUGGUGUGAAAAGUUUCUAAAGAUAAAAUGAGAAGUGUUGCUUAAAUGAGGUGUCAUUUUCCAACCUGAGAAUGAACUGCAGUUUUGGUUUGUGUUGGCUAGUUGCUAUUUGAAGAUGUGCUUGUGUUCUGUAUUCCCUGAUCCCUGCUUGUAAUUGUAUAAAAUAUAAUGUUUCUCUUUUACUGGGCCUAGUCGCGCUAAUAUAUUCAUCCAUUUCAACAGUUUU